UUAUUUGUAAGACAAUUAUGGGUACGUGCAAUCCAGGAUCCUACAGAGUAGUCCCCAGUGAUAUUAUAAAAUCAAACUUUACCAUAAAGCACAUGCUGGGUAAGGGCGGAUUUGGUGAGACCAAGAAGCAGUACGCUCUUAAAGAAAUGAGUAAACUAAAGUUGAUUAAGAAAAAGUCAGUUCAUUGUAUUAUGAACGAACGUAAUUUACUUGCCAUGCUUAAACACCCUUUUAUCAUAAACAUGCACUACGCUUUCGAGGAUAGGGAGAAACUUUACAUUAUCACCGACCUCCUUGUGGGAGGUGACCUCCGACACCAUAUGAAGAAGAAGAUUAAAUUCGAUGAAGAACGACUUAAGUUCAUCACUGCUUGUACUGUUGCUGCUCUGGAAUAUAUGCAUACCAAUGGAGUUAUCCAUCGAGAUAUCAAACCUGAGAAUAUGGUAUUUUCAAAAGAUGGUUAUGUCUGAGUCACAGAUCUUGGAAUCUCAACAAUCUGGACACCUGAAAAUUGUGCUGAAACGUCUGGCACACCAGGUUAUAUGGCGCCCGAGGUUAUGACCAAGCAGAAUCAUGGUAUUGCUGUUGAUUAUUAUGGCCUCGGUAUAGUUUGUUAUGAAAUAAUCAUGGGCAAAAGACCAUACUCCGGUAAGAAUAGGAAAGAGAUUAGUGAGAUUAUUAUGAAAAAGCAAAUUGAAAUCACUAGAGACAUGAUGCCGAAAGGUUGGUCUGUGGAAGCCAUUGAUUUCGUCAACCAGCUUAUCAAAAGGAAGCCAAUGAGCAGACUAGGAUUCAAUGGUCCUGAAGAAGUAAAGGAGCAUCCAUUUAUUAAGGAUACAAACUGGAAAGACCUUCUAGACAAAACUCUUUUACCUCCUUAUAUACCUAAACCUAAGAAGGCUGUAAAAAUUAAACCAUUGACCACGACUGAGGAAGAAAAGAAGCUUAAAGAAAAAGAGGAAGAGGACAUGCUUCUUCGAAGGAAUUCUGUUCAAAAGCUCUUCAACGGCUAUCACUAUGACAUUGAGAUUGAAAAUAAAGAUCUCAUCGAAAAGGAAACCGAGGACAAAAAACUUCGUGAAGCGAUGAGCAGAGUGAUCAAAAGUAAAACAUUGUCAACGAAUAUAUCUCUUGAAGCUAACACAAAGCCAGAUACGGUUCCUUUAGCUUAUAAGCAAGUUUAAUUUCAA